AUGCCCUCGUUGCCUAUUGACCUAUCUGAUGACGAGGACGACUUCCAACCUGUUCUUCCAACAAAGACACGACCAACACAGCCAAGCACCACAAAGAACGGCACAAAUAAUAGUGGAAAUGCUAGUUCCUCGUCUACUGGAAGGAAUACAAAACCAAAGAAACCAUCAUCAUACACAUCGCAGUCACAGGCAUCAAAGAAAUCAAACAUUGACAAUGUAAAGUCGACCACCACAACUAGUAGCAGGACAAAGAAGCCUACGCAACCGAUUGUAAUGAAGCCAUCACUGUCUCGAUCGUCUUCUGCUGUAAAAGAUGCUGCUCCUGCAGCGUCUGGUGAUCGACAGUCACUUGCUCGUCAAUCGCCUCAGCUCAUAAAUCUUGACUCGGACAAUGGAUCUACUCCUGUGCCUGAGACUACAAGCAUAUCGCAACGUAUACACGAAGGCCAAGAAUUGGUCAGUGAGCCGCUGCCAACGACCACAACAACAAUAGCAGCAGCACCUAAGAGCAGCAUAGCACCAACUCCUCCUCGUAAAUCAAGCUAUUCUCGUAAACUGAAUUCAUCGCCUAAAAUACAAUCUCCGCCAGUCGAGGUUAGACCUCCAUUACCUACUACAGUCGUUGAUUCACCCAUUACGCGAUGCCCUCUCUGUAAUCGAUCAUUGUCAGGCUCUGCAGACGCGAUUCAGAUUCAUAUAAAUGGCUGCCUCGACGGUAGCUCUACGUCUUCAUCAAAACCUAUAGAUAAUCAUAGUGCUAGUACUCUAGUAUGCAUGUGCUGUGGAAGGGACUUGACCGAUGAAAUCGUACUACAUCGCCAAAUGCACAUGAAUACUUGUCUAGAUAUGAUCAUUAUGGAUCCGCUAGAUGUAGAUCCUACUGGAAAAAACAAGGGUAAAGCUGUAGCUGAACCCAUCUGCUCAGAAACAUCGCCCAUCUCGCUCUUGGCUUUCUGUCCAUGUUGCAAUAGCGACUGGGACAAAGAGGCCGCUAAAUCCGUCAAGGGUAAAAUGACGCAUAUCAAGCAAUGUGGUAAAACCAACUUUUUGGAAACAGCCGAAGUAAUUCAGAAGAUACGAGCUGCUGUUGCUCAAAUGGCUAAUGAUGGUACAUACACAUCUGGUAAAGUAGUACCCAAGCCAGCACCAAAGCAGUCGAAAUUAUCAUUAGAUUAUAGGAGAUUGGUGAUUACAGAAGGUGACGAUGACUUUAAAGAGUCAAGAGCCUUGGUGCCCAAGAGUCAUGGAAUCAAACGUCGCAAAGCUGAUGAAGACUUGCAAGUGGCUAUUGCCUUGUCGAAAUCAGCUGCUGAAGCCCAAAAGAUUGAAUCUGGGCAAAGUAUCGGUGGUCGAAAGAAAAAGAUAAAACGGGAUGGCUCACACUUGAUGACUGCUGAACAAACGACCUCAGAUGUCCGUAUUCGUGCUGCUAGGAUCUUGAGCGAGUCAAAAACGUUAGAACGCUCAAUUUCUGUGGAUAGCGCCACUUCGGGUAGUCGAUUGUGGGAUUUGGCACACGUUAGUGGUUUUGUAAAACCUGAGACUUUUACAAAUGUCGUUCUACAGGAGGGCGACGAGCCAGAAUUGAAGCCCGACAUCAAGUCUGAAAUCAAACGUAUCAACGAAGAGCAUACGAUUGUAGUAGCCGAAAGAGAACAAAAUUUGGAACGCCAGAUUGCAACUUUGCGUGACGGACAUCAACGUUGGCUGGAUAAUGCAACAUUCGCAAGAGAUAAGCGUCUUGAAUAUUUGAGGCGUACUGCUUAUCAGACUUGGACGGAUGUGUCGCCAUCAAAGCUACCUACUCUAUUGUCUCAGCAAACACCUCCAGGUGCCCAUAUAACAUCCGCCACUCAAGCCAAGAUAAAUUCGCUUCUAGACGAGUUUUCUGAUGAUGAAGAUUUGAAGGUAGAACCAGAAAAUCCAUCUGAUGAAGAUCGGGACAUGGCUGUACCAGUUGUUCCAAAUAUUGGACAAGUCGAUACUAUAAACGCUCGUCAUGAUUCCGAUAUCGUCAUGGUAGACGACUUCUAUGGUAGAGCGGAGAAUGAAGCUCAUGUGGGUGUGCUGGACGACAUCGGAUAUCAAAACGAUGAGGGCGGUAGAAAUAUAGUCAAUGCUGGGAUGGAAACGGACGAUAGAAAUAUAGACGAUACCGCAUUAAGGAAUCUUGCAGUGACACCUCCAGCAGACGACGAUACUGAAUUUAGAGAUCUUGGUGUAUUAAGGGGUCUAGCAGUGACGCCGCCAGCCUAUGACGAUCUCGCAGUGACUCCUCCAGCAUACGAUGGAGAUGAUGAAGUUGUUGCCGAUACGCCACCACAUGAUAGUUACUCGUAUCAUGAUAGUUACGAUGAACUCUCUGGCAUGCUUCAAUAUUCGCCAUCUCCUCCUCGACUACCAGCGUCUUUAAAUAGUACCGACGUUAAAUAUGGCACGGAAGAUGUUAGUACGAUGCUUGCGUCUCCAUCAACAUCAGAAAAUGGUAUAGCUACUCUUCUCGCACCUUGGAAUCGUCCUAGCACUCAAUCGACACGAAAGACGACCAUUGUGCCUGUCGAUGAUGGAUCUGAUGACGACAUUAUUGAUUUGACAGGUCGUAAUAAGCCAUUGCUGCUAUGUCCUACAACCUCUCACAUUGACAGUGGGGCAAAUGAUAAUAUUGACAUUGAUUUGACGAAGGAUGUCGAGACUGCACCAUCGCAAAGGUUUUCAUCACAGUCUGUGCAACCAAGCCAAUCUCAGAAACGUAAAGCGAGCGCUGAGAUAGAUGCCAGUGACAAGUCGAAACAGACGAGAUUAGGAAUCGACACAACAACAGCUUCGUCAUCAACUACGUUGCCUACUUCUACCAUACCGCCCGUCAUUCAACCUUCUGGAAUGCCAUCGUAUGAGUCCAUGUCGAUGGACGAGCUUCGUAAAAUUGCAAGUAAGUUUGGCUUUCGAGCUACCUCAAAGGCACCCCUAGUAGCUCAUCUCACUCGCAUGUGGCUGGUACUAAAUGGGUUUGGAUCUCCCAUUGCAACUCCUGGUACAGGGUUCAUACAAGUUGAACCACCUAUUCGUAUAAAUGCGUUACUCGCAGCCGCGGCAGCAGCUUCGAAUGGAGCAAAGAGAAACAAGAGGAAAGCAGUAGCUGCCAAAAAGGGUCAACAGUAUGAAUCUGAUGAUGAUGACGAUGAAGAUGAUGACGACGAAGAGGUUGAGAAGGGUAGUAAAUUUGAUCCUGCUUUGGGGAGUAAGCUUCUCGAUGUGUUCGAAACGGAUUUGGAUUUGUAUAUGAGAGUUUUGAGAUAUGAGCCUCUGAAUCUGGAUGAAUUUCAUGCACGAGUAUCGCAGGUAGAGAAAAUCACUUGCAGUAAGAAGAAACUCUCCUUGUAUCUGGAUCAGCAGGGCAUCAACUACAUCAUACCACCUUCAAAAAAGACUCGUCGUGAACCGCCACCACCAAGAAAGGACGGAGCACCAGCACCACGCAGAUGGUGGACUAAAUGA